AUGGCGCCGCCAUCAUGGUGGGCCUGGGAAGGCGCCGCGAAAGUGACCGAACUCUGGUUGGACAAGUGGCUCCAUCGUCUGAUCUGGCAACAGUGGUCACGGGGACACAUCUGGCAACAGUGGUCAACGGGGACACAUCUGGCAACAGUGGUCACGGGGACACAUCUGGCAACAGUGGUCAACGGGGACACAUCUGGCAACAGUGGUCACGGGGACACAUCUGGCAACAGUGGUCACGGGGACACAUCUGGCAACAGUGGUCACGGGGACACAUAUGGCAACAGUGGUCACGGGGACACAUCUGGCAACAGUGGUCACGGGGACACAUCUGGCAACAGUGGUCACGGGACACAUCUGGCAACAGUGGUCAACGGGGACACAUCUGGCAACAGUGGUCACGGGACACAUCUGGCAACAGUGGUCAACGGGGACACAUCUGGCAACAGUGGUCACGGGACACAUCUGGCAACAGUGGUCAACGGGGACACAUCUGGCAACAGUGGUUACGGGACACAUCUGGCAACAGUGGUCAACGGGGACACAUCUGGCAACAGUGGUCACGGGACACAUCUGGCAACAGGUCAACGGGGACACAUCUGGCAACAGUGGUCAACGGGGACACAUCUGGCAACAGUGGUCAACGGGGACACAUCUGGCAACAGUGGUCAACGGGGACACAUCUGGCAACAGUGGUCAACGGGGACACAUCUGGCAACAGUGGUCAACGGGGACACAUCUGGCAACAGUGGUCAACGGGGACACAUCUGGCAACAGUGGUCAACGGGGACACAUCUGGCAACAGUGGUCACGGGACACAUCUGGCAACAGUGGUCACGGGACACAUCUGGCAACAGUGGUCACGGGACACAUCUGGCAACAGUGGUCACGGGACACAUCUGGCAACAGUGGUCAACGGGGACACAUCUGGCAACAGUGGUCACGGGACACAUCUGGCAACAGUGGUCACAGGACACAUCUGGCAACAGUGGUCACGGGACACAUCUGGCAACAGUGGUCACAGUACACAUCUGGCAACAGUGGUCACAGGACACAUCUGGCAACAGUGGUCACAGGACACAUCUGGCAACAGUGGUCACAGGACACAUCUGGCAACAGUGGUCACAGGACACAUCUGGCAACAGUGGUCACGGGACACAUCUGGCAACAGUGGUCACGGGACACAUCUGGCAACAGUGGUCACGGGACACAUCUGGCAACAGUGGUCACGGGACACAUCUGGCAACAGUGGUCACAGGACACAUCUGGCAACAGUGGUCACGGGACACAUCUGGCAACAGUGGUCACGGGACACAUCUGGGUUUCCACGGGCGUGGAAAUUAA